AUGGUGUUUCAAGCGCAAGCCAUUCUCUCAAACAAAAGCUUGGUGCCCAGACAGCACAUAUACCGCUACUGCGACAUUCCAGGAUACCACAUCUUUGUCCGGCAUCUCGUCAAAAUUUCACCAUUCCAGUCGCUUGGACACUCGAGUGGUCAAAAUGGUGAAAGUGAACUGAAGAGCGUGUCUCCUGAUAGAGCACAUAAGCACACCCACGAGUUUGACGAAAAUUUCAUUGCCUUUGGCUACAGGCAGGUGAAUACAAGAGGGCGCUCGUCCUGCCGCCUUUUCUCAGGCCAUCUUCCGAAUGGAGGAUCCACUCGCGGAGCUCUUGUCCCGGAUCGAUCGAGACGGCCCCAGAGUCGCGUGUGUCGUCUCGACUUUUACCAUCUCAGUGCUCCACACGCUGCAAAGAACGCAGGAUUGGGCUUUUGGCCGGGAAAUGCUGCUUGGGCUGCCAUCGAAUUCCACGUUCCAAAGCUCCUGGAGAUGGGAGAGGUUCCUGUCAAAGAGGGAGUUGACAAGCUGAUUUCUUACAUCCCUGGAAUGCAGCUAAGAUCGCAAGACAUUCCACUUUUCAUGCAUGACAGAGACUUCCAGAAAGUCGGGGAGUCACGAGAUGUAACGACUACGCAAUCGCCCAAUCUUUUCUCCUGGACGAUCAUGUUCCUGAAUGGGGAUCUCGCUCGGGCAAUUGAUUUCUUCGCGGGGAUGCUGCUAAAAAACGCUGUCGCGGCAACGAUCAUGAUCGUCACCUAUGGCCAAGAGGGCGACGUGGAUUCCGCUAAGAUGGUUUUCGAUCGCGCCUUGCCUAAGAAUCUCGUUUGCUGUAUGUGAUGCUCACAGCAUAUGCCCAGAACGGGCAUUUGCAUAAACCAAAGCUUCUCUUUGAUAUUAAAUACAAUAUUAUGCCAAAAAGGG